AUGGAUAAUAACAAUAGUCAUCAUUAUAGUAGUGGUAGUGGAGGUAAUAGCAGUAGGGAUAACAGUAGGGGAGGUAGUAGUGGUAGCUUUGAGAAUGGAGGCAGCGUAAAGUACAUCACAUCACCAACCUUUGCAUCACCAAAGAGAAGCGCAGCACAAGUUAGUCAAUCUCCCUUUGGUACAUACACUGAUCCAGAUGACCUACUCCUUGCUGUGGCCAAACAUCUUCAAGUCAAUGAGAAGAAGCUUGUUGUAGGAGAAGAUAGUUUAUUCUUGAAUGUAUGGAGUCUGGAUCAUCUUUGUUUGUAUAUGAGUGGAAAGAGAGUGUCAUUCAAGUUGACAAGGAAUCAGUUGUUGGAUACACAGUAUACAAUAUCAUUGAUCAAACGUUUAAAGGUCAUUUCAAACAUACCCAAGCUAAUUGAGAAGGCCAAAGACUUUGAUCUCACUCCAUUCGAAUCGUUGACAUCUCUCGAACUCAACUCAAUCAAACCAUACCUGAUAACAGAUAUCCAACAACUAUCCAAUCGUCUCACAAAGCUCACAUUACACGAGUCAUUGUUCACUUUGGACGAACUGAUACAGAUUGGCGAUGCAGUGAAUGGCGUGCGGGACACGGCGACUGGACGAUAUUGGUCCCGUCUGGCAACAUUGGACUGUUCAUUCAACUAUAUUCCAAAGAUAGAUCAGUCGAUACAGGGUCUGGUGGCAUUGGAGAAGUUAAACUUGGAGGGCAACCUAAUCACUACAGUGGAGAAUCUACAAGAAUGCGUGUGGCUCAAGUUACUCAACUUGUCCUACAACAAGAUCGAGUCGACUGAUCGCAUCUUUGCGUCGGUGGGCAUGGUAACACACUUGUCACUGCGCGCCAAUCUAUUGACUACGGUCGAUGGCUUGAACAAACUGUUUGGACUCGAAUACUUGGACAUCAGUUACAAUCAAAUCAAGGACAUGGAGGAGAUGUUCAAGCUGAGAGGUCUUCCGCAGCUUGUCUGUCUCAACGUCGAGGGCAAUCCUUUUGCUAAUGCCAAGCACUAUCGCGCGUACAUCCUAUCAACCUUCUUUGAGAAUGACAUGGACUCAUUGGAAUCAAGAGAGUUCUAUUUGGAUGGCAUUGGCAUUAGUGAUGAUGAGGCCGAGACUAUGAGGAAGAGCAAGAGUCAGAGUUUGAAUGGGAUCACUACUUCGCGAUCAAAUAGGAUUGGUCCAAUGCGGGAGGACAGGUCAAAGCCGGGAUUCUACAUUGCUCCCAACGCAGUGAUAUCAAAGAGUGAUAGCAAGAGCUCAUCACCAUACAUGGCAUCUGUAUCAUCACAACCAAAUCAUCCAACCAGUCCAUUGCUGAAGCGAGUGGUCAGUCUUGAUCAAACGGAUGCCCAAGCAUCACAGGCACCAGUGGUCGAGUACAAUGAAGAGGUCAAGGAGAAGGAUGACAAGUUUGCUGAGGAGAAGAAGUUAUUGAAGGAUAUAGAGACAUGGCGCAAGGAGGGUCAAGACUCCUGGCUAAGCAUAUUGAAUGAGAGGAUGCAGGAGACUGGUCUUCAUCAUCAACAGCCGCAAUAUCAGCAUCACAAAGUACAUCCAUUGGUUGACGAUUCACGCGAUGGAAGGAAGGUCAAGAUCAUAAAGAAGAAGGUUAAGAAGGUGGAUGGAUCAUCGCCCGUCCCCACAACCGCGACUCAUUCAACAUCAUUGCCAACUCAAACCUCAUCAUUCUUAAUGGCGCGUCCAGAGGGCCUGUCGCCACUCAGCGCCAAACAACUGCCCCAGAAGCAACAACAACAGUGGACAUCUCCAAAGUUCAAUAUAUCAUCACCAAUCGUGGCCAGCGAGCCCAAGGUGCCAGAACUCAAGCUACAAGGACAGGUGUUCAAGGUUACCAAGUUUGGAAUCAAUCAGGAGAUAUUGUUGGAGAUCAAGUCGGAUACAUUGAGCGAGUAUAAUCCAAAGUCUGCCAACUUGUUGAUGUCCAAUCCAUUGUCAGCAAUAAUCUUUGUAAAGAAACUACUACGAGCCAACAAGGGCAUUAUAGAGAUUACAUAUGGUCGCAAGUUCAAGGAUGGCUUGCCAGAGAGCUUUGACAAGGAAGCAUAUCUGACGACCGACGACGAGCAGACCCUGCGAAUAGAUGAGCAACUGCGGCCACACGCCAAAGAGUACACGAUGCGCUGCGUCGACUGCUCUGAGAAGUACGUCUGCCAGGAGGUGACAGAGUUUAGCGAGUGCCCCAAGUGCAAGUCGCGCUACCUCUUCUUUGUGCCCCACGACGUGGGCAGUCUGCGCAAGCUGUCCAGUCCCACAGCCAUGUCCGAGUCGUGGAGUGCGCAACCAUCGGCUGCUAUCACAUCCACAGUCCUCAAGACGUCCAGCUCAUUGAUUGGCGCGCUGGCCAACGAGCCCCUGCAGAGCGCCGUGAGCGACGAUGACCUGAACAACCAAGUGGUGAACGAUCUGACCCUCCAGCAGCACUUUAGGAACAACCUAUUCGAUAGCCAAGAGUCCUACAUUUACAUCAUGCACACGUACUACAUCACUUAUAACAAUCAAUUGAAGGAGGACCAGCAGGAGGAGCGGCCCAUCUUCUUCCUGCUGACCACACGUGCGAUCUACCUGCUCAAGGCUGAGAGGAAGGCACUGGCGGCACAAGAUGUCAAUUUCUCACGUAUCCGAUCAAUCAAACUCAAAGAACUACGCAAGGUAAACAUUGGAUUACUCUAUCAAUCAUUCAGUAUCGAGCUUAGUGAUGUUGCCUAUGUAUUCCUCAAGCGUUCACACGAGUCCAAUCACAAGUUACUGGAUUCAAUAUUCGAGGCGACCAAGAAGGCCGAGUUGUCAAUACAGCCAACCUACAAGAACAAUGAGACGAUGAGCAACAUUGAGUCAUUCAUAGACUCAAGGAAGAGCUUUGAACUCUACAUCAUGUUAUUCCAAAGAGUGUCAUCCAAGUUACAACCUAGAAGUCUGAUUAUAGAAUCAGAUAGGAUAUAUAUAAUGAUUGAGAAUUAUAAUCAAUGGCCAUUACUUAAUAGGAGUGUAAAGACUACAUCGCCACAGUUCACAUUGGUCAAGUCAUUCAAGAUAACAGAUAUAUCAUGUUUACAUUACUCAUUGAACAACAAUCCAACAGAGGUCACAAUCAUCUUUGAGAAUGCCAACAUCGAGGGUAUACAUCAAUGGAUACUACAAUGUGCACAUCAAGUUGAGAGCACCAAGAUCGUCAGUGUUCUCUCCAAGCUCUGGCGACGUCGACAUAACAAUGGUGCCAACCUAAGAAUAAACGAUUGGUAG